UUUUAAACAGAUUUCACUCCUGAAGCUCAUUUCGAAUUGGUUCAACUGACGGUGUCACGCCACUGUUUUCGUUUCCAACAGCCCCAAAAUGAAUCGGAAAACAGCACUGGUGUCUCCUACCUCCACAUUUUGCGCUCUCUGUCCAUUCGUUGGAAGCAAUGUAUAAAAUCCCCUUUACUUUCCUCAGGAGCGUCAGUCAAUGCGCGUGUGUGAGUGAGCUGUCAAUCAAAGCGGCGGCUUCUCUUUCAUCUCUACUGUCAGUCAGAGAUCAGGAGGAGGAGUACAGCACUACUCUCUCUCCAGCCCAGCAUUACUCUCAGUCUCUGCUGAGCGCUUUUCUGAAGAGGGACACCUUUUUACCCAAGAAAGCAGACGGGAAUGACACACAGCAUCUGAACUCGAGUACUUUUUUUAUUUUUUUGAACAGUUAGACGUGUUCAACUUACACGUCUAACGUUUGCCUUUAAGAACACCGCAGGAGUCGUACUUUAACUUGUUUAAACACCCAGCGUCGCUACAUUGCGUUCCCCCUCUGGAUUCUCGAGUGUUGCCGUAGCACGCGUGUUUGGAGUGCGCCGGCCGAAAUUCUACAGGGGGGUUUCUGUCUAACGUCUUCGCGUCCCGGGCGUUUGUAGGGUGAGGAGGACUUUCAAUCACCCGAGAAAUGCCGCAGUUGUCAGGUGGAGGAGGCGGCGGGGACCCGGAGCUCUGUGCCACCGAUGAAAUGAUCCCGUUCAAAGACGAGGGAGACCCGCAGAAGGAGCAGAUCUUCGCGGAGAUCAGCCACUCUGAGGAGGAGGGAGACUUAGCAGAGAUCAAGUCAUCUCUGGUCAACGAGACCGAAAUCAGCCCCAACAGUAACAAUCACGACGCAGCUAGACUGUCCCAAAUAACACAAGACUCUUAUCAUGAGAAGCACAUGGACCAUCUGGACGAUGGCAAGCAUCAAGACAUGUACAGCAAAGGCCACCCGUACCCCAGUUACCCAGGAUACAUCAUGAUGACCAAUAUGAACAAUGAAUCCUACAUGAACAACGGCUCUCUCUCGCCUCCCAUUCCCAGAAUGUCAAAUAAGGUGCCGGUGGUCCAGCCGUCCCAUGCCGUUCACCCCCUCACCCCUCUGAUCACAUACAGCGACGAGCACUUCGCCCCUGGCCCACACUCGGGACACCACCCACAGGACAUCAACUCCAAGCAAGGUAUGCCCAGGCAUCAUGGACAGGACAUUCCCAAUUUCUACCCUCUUUCCCCAGGGGGAGUUGGACAGAUGACCCCUCCACUGGGAUGGUUCUCUCAUCACAUGGUACCAGGCCCUCCUGGACCCCAUGCCACGGGAAUCCCCCAUCCCGCCAUUGUCAACCCACAGGUGAAACACGAACCACAUCACGACUCAGACCUGAUGCACAUGAAACCUCAUCACGAGCAGAGAAAGGAGCAGGAGCCCAAAAGACCUCACAUUAAGAAACCUCUAAACGCUUUCAUGCUGUAUAUGAAAGAGAUGCGUGCCAAUGUGGUGGCCGAAUGCACGUUGAAGGAGAGCGCCGCGAUCAAUCAGAUCCUCGGGCGGAGGUGGCAUGCUUUAUCUCGGGAAGAGCAAGCUAAGUAUUACGAAUUAGCCCGCAAGGAACGGCAGCUCCAUAUGCAGCUUUACCCAGGAUGGUCUGCCAGAGACAAUUAUGGGAAAAAAAAGAAGCGGAAGAGGGAAAAGAUCCAGGAACCUGCUUCAGGUACAGGCCAGAGAAUGAAAACGGCGUACAUCUGAACAAUGGAGGAAAACGGACUUCUUUUUCCUCUUGCAAAGCAAAGACAGCAGCUACAGGCCCCCUUUUAGAGAUGGAAGCCUGCUAGAUUCCUCAACCUUUCACCCCUCUGUCACUUCUUUGACCCCUGCGGAAUCUCCAGAGGGUCCCGGUCCUUGAAUCUGCUCCUCGGCUGCAGGCGCUGCUGUAGAGACGUUGAACUGAGAACAGACAAUCACCAACACAGGCCCUCACGCAGACCCGUAUUCACUCGUUUGAAUGUUCCUUUUUGUUUUCUGUCCUUAAUUUACUCCCAAAGCCGAAGGCGUUGCACUGAUUAUGUUCCUCGACCGUUUGUAAAGCGCACAUAUGGCCACAUGUAAACAAACACACACGCGUUCCUACACCUGUUCCUAAGUUAUUCUAAGUUAUUUGGCACCUCUGUCUUCUGUGUGUUCACUACGUCACUCCCUCAUUUUCUUUUUCGUGCCCCAUAAAAUGUAG